GGAGACUGACGGGGAAAUAGGAGAAGAGUUAAUUAUAAUUCUGUAACAAAACACAGGAGACCCAGCAGACAAUAAACUGUGAUAACAUUUAUUUUUGGAUUUCUUCAAUAGUUUGCCAUAUAUAUCCUGCAAAUGAGUGGUUGAUAAUAUGACUUGAUCAGUCUGGCAAUUAAGAAUCCCAGCUUCCUGUAGCGUUACUGCAGAGGUAAUUUUGCGAUCAUUUGUAGAACCAAAGCUUUUUCAGUUUGGUGUCUCACUGGAAAAGGUCUGCUAUCUAUUGGUGACACAUUGCUGAAGAAACAGAAACAAAGAGGAAACAGAAACUUUGAGACAAAACCUGGAAUGUUGGAAAUAUAACCAGUGAUCAGAUGCACUAGCAUUCUUAGGGACUCCAGAAGUGUUGAGCUCCAUUGAAGGAGGUGGAGUUUGAAAAGGUGAUGCAAAGAAACAAAUCUAGUUCCAUGUUGCCACAUCAGAAUGAACAAUUCACCUACAGCCCAACAGGAACAACAUGAAUGGAAUAAUUUCAGUGCACCGCAGUCCUUCCUUGAUCCCUUCCCUGAGGGGGAAACCACAACACCUGAGCCUGUACCAGAUGGAUCUACCAACUUGGAAUACCUGGACUCAAUUAGUGACCAGAGUUCUACAGUUCUGUGUGAUGCUGUGACUCCCAGUUCUACAUUAUACAAUGGACGUGUGAUUGUAAUGCUUUCCUCCAGCACUACAUGGUGUUCAUCUGGCUUUGAUUUGAGUGCCUGUAGAAAACGCUUUGAUGAAUAUGGAUUGCAGGUACCCACUGAGGAGUAUGAAAUCCCCAUCCAGAAAUCAUUACAGACCGCGAAUGUCAGAAGGUACAUGUUCUUCAGCUCCAGUGUUUUCUUCAUGAUACUUUCACCUGUGCUGUAUGUGGCAGUCUGGUGUAGCCUGUUCUCCACCGUUCAUUCUGUUAUCAGCUAUCACAACCAGUAUUUCUGGCUGUUCUGCUUGAUGCUGAGUGCUGGAUCUGCCUUUCUUACAGGAAUUUUCCUUACGAUUGUCUACUAUCGCAGCAGGAAGAUUAAUGUGAAUACAGAUGUCCGGUUGAUAUGGGCUAAUGAAAACUUGAUAAAGCAUAGUCUCCUGGUUGGGGUGGUGGACUUCAUGCAGAACUGCAGGAGCGAACUGAAUCUAAGCUUCAUUUAUUUUGAUGCAAGGGAAUGUCUAAAACGACUAGCAUCAUUACUUGAAGAAAACCAUGACCAAGACAAUACUUUUCAGUCCAAAGUCUGUAAGAAAAUGAAAAACCUCUCUAUUAUGCUGGAACAGUCACCGAAGCACACUGUUAUCACAGAAGAAAGUGAGGAUGAUGGCAUGUCUGAAACCUCACUACUUUGGGAGGAAAGGCGUACAUCCCAAGGUACCAACAAUGUCCAUGGAGAAAGAACACCAGCCUUCAAUGUGGUACUGAACUUGGUCCCCGAAGGUACACCUCAGGACAUGGCUUACCAGCUGUUGGCCAUUCAUGCAGGACUAUAUGUGAAGCUUCUUUUGACCUGCCGGCUUCCAUUCAGCUCUUCAUCUCGCCAUGCCAAGGAGGCUUGUGUGCCUUGCUUGUGCCAGUAUAUUGAGAACGCUCAUUAUUCUGCAUCCUGAGUUGGUAUUGCCUGAGAACAGAGUCGACAGAGUUUUGUUGCAACAGACCAAGCUUGCUGUCAGAGAUUCCAUUUCCUGUUGUCACAUGAUCCUGAGUGACCUAGGAGUUAAUUAAGAGAUGCACUUUAUAAAUGCAGAAGUGAUAUAAGUGACAUUUACAGGUGACUGUCCAUUGGAAACAGAAUAUGCUAUUUUGUAGUGAUUUUACAGUCAAACAUUUUCUGCUUUUUUCUUCUUGGAUUAUGUAUAUCUCACAGUGUUGUUGCUCCCUCUAAGGAAGUAAGAGGGACUUUAACUAACUACUGCUAUUUGCACUCCAAAAGUCAGCAAAACUACAGGAAAAGAAAAGAAAAAUCAGAAGUCAUAUUGCAGUAUGUAGACUUGCUGACUUCUUUAUUCCUAAACUCAGGGUAGCUUGCAUUCUGAGUUGCAAAACUGACACGCAAAACACGACCCCUUUUCUUGUAUACAUGCACACAGACACAGAGUCAUACAGUCGCAAACUCAUAGGUCAAGUAAACUGUUUGAAGGGAGAUCUUUGCAGACCAGUACCCUUGGUUUGCCAUAAUCUAAUUGAUUUGACAAAUGAACUGCACACUCCACAAUUGCACAACACAAAUUCUGACUUUGGAACUUCUUUCAGGGCAUGUUCAUAUGUAGACUUUGGAGAAUUAUCUCCUAAGCCCAUGCGAGCAGUAGCAUACCAGAUACAAUGCUAAAAAUGCAGUAGUUAUCUACUGUGACUGACAUUUAAAUUGAACUGGGAAUUUUUUUUCACUAUUUUGUGUACCCCCCCCCCCCCACACACACACACACACACACACACACACACUCAAUCAUUACCAGCAACUUCAGAAAGCACUUUAGAUCAAACUCUGAAAAGUCAAAAGUGAAAGUGUUACCUCCUUCAGAGAAGAUGCUUUAAUCCUUCCUCAUUCUUCAUCUGGGGAGAUGUGUACACUAAAACAAGUAGUAAUGUGUCUUAGAGGGUAUUAGUACCUCAGGCUUUAAAGAUAAAUUUGUAUUUUUUAGAAGGUAUUCUUGCAAAAAAAUAUUUUUUGGUCUUUACAUGGUCUCUUUCAGUUUGAAAAUUAAAAAAAAUGUUUAUGCAAAUAGUUGCCUUCAGAUGACAUAUUUUGUAGUGUCUUUUCCAAAAAUACAAGCAAAAUAUUGAAAAUUGUUGCCUUUGUACUUUGCAUGUGAAUCAUGAAUUCCUGUUUAUCUAAAAUGUUAAAAUAUACAUCACUGGUUGGUAUACUGGA